UUUUAAGCUUGCUUUUGUUAUUACUUUUAUGAGUUUUCAUUGAAAUUUUGGUUUCUUUUCUUUUGUGGGGAUCUGAUUUAUGGGUUUUGCUUGUUUUUAUUGUAGUUUUAAUGGGUCAAUGUCAAUUUGCUAUCUUUACUUCAAGAAUGUUAGCAUUUUGCUUUCCUUUGGAUCAAAGUUUGAUUCUUGAUCGUUGAAUUUGGGAAAAGGAGAAUUGGUUGCAUGCCUUUGACUGCUUUUUCAUGGAUCAAUCCUUCUCGUUGCUUGUUCGUCAAUCAACUGGUUACAACUGUAGGCAGUUAGCAUCAUUUAGCAUUGUUGUUUCUUUUGUUUUUUCCUGAUUCUUUCUUUUUAAUUAUGCAAAUAAGUUUUUAUAUGCUUGAAUGUUAACAUGGAUCUGAAUUGUUACACAAGUUUAAAGCUUGUAUUUGGAACUUUAUUGUUGAACCUUCUGCAGCACCAUGUUUUGAGCCAACGGUAAUGGAUUGGUGCUAAUUCACCAGAAUAAUUAGGCAUCUUUAUUAGUGUUAAAGAGGGGUUUUUUAAAAAAAUCUUAGUAAAAGUUGUUGGGCGUUUCGUUUAUAUUAUUGUAUUUACCAUUUUGAGCUUGUCAGAUUUCAAGCUAGUAGGUUGAGACUUUUUAGGCUUCUCAGUGAUUUAAUCAGUGGAUUCACUUACUAUUAUUGUUAGUAUUUUUAAUUUUCUAGUGUCAAUGUUCUAAUUAAGCUUGCUUUGUUCAUUGUUGGCUGGCUUUGCUGUUAUUCUCUUCCAACAUGUUAUUGAUUAAUUGAUAAUUUCAAUUAAUAGUAAGUAUGAUCUUUUAGACUUGAAUUUCAAAACUUAAUUCUAAAAGGGUCAUAGAAGAAAUAACUUCGGAAACUUGUGUGCUUGACUCGUAUGCUGAAGAGAAUUUUACCUGAUGGUUUUUUACUUGUACGUUUGCAGGUUUGAUCUGUUAUCUACAGUGUUUCUUUCUGACAAGUUUUGAAGUGAUUUGUGUAAUUCAUUCUAGUGAAUAGAGCUUGAUGGUAGCAACAAAACAGAUUUGUUUUGAAUAGAAAAUUUGACGUGAGAUAGAUUAGGAUAAGGAGAUCUGUGUUGUGACAAUUUAGUGCUCAAGUGAAAACAUUUUGUGAAGAAUCGUAUCACUAAAGAAGGAUGAGGGGAAGAUCUGAUGGAGGCCAAAAGAAACGUUUAAUCACCACUCUCUGUGUUGUGGCAAUCUUUCUUGGUUUUCUCUAUGUAUAUUAUGGAUCUAUUUUUGGGUCUUCAAGUCGCGGUACUGCAGCACUAGAAUAUGGCAGCAGAUCUUUGAGAAAACUUGGAUCAUCUUAUUUGGGUGGAGAUGAUGAUGCUGAUGGCAAGCAAUAUGAAUCUUCAACAAAAUUUGGACAGGAGGAAGGAGAAGAAGACGUAGUACCAAAAACUUUCCCUGUUUGUGACGAUCGCCAUUCAGAAUUAAUUCCCUGCUUAGACAGGAAUUUCAUAUACCAAAUGAGAUUAAAGCUGGACUUGUCUGUGAUGGAGCACUAUGAACGUCACUGCCCCCCUCCUGAAAGGAGAUACAAUUGCUUGAUUCCUCCUCCUCUAGGAUACAAGAUCCCAAUUAAGUGGCCUCAAAGCAGAGAUGAAGUAUGGAAGGCAAAUAUUCCCCAUACUCACCUUGCACACGAGAAGUCUGACCAGAACUGGAUGGUUGUAAAAGGUGAAAAGAUAGUAUUUCCAGGGGGUGGCACUCAUUUUCACUAUGGAGCUGACAAGUAUAUUGCUUCGAUUGCAAAUAUGCUCAACUUUUCGCACAACAAUUUAAAUAAUGAAGGAAGAAUUCGAACAGUUCUUGAUGUUGGUUGUGGUGUCGCAAGUUUUGGAGCAUAUCUUCUUUCUUCUGAUAUUAUAGCAGUGUCAUUAGCACCCAAUGAUGUGCAUCAAAACCAAAUCCAAUUUGCCCUGGAAAGAGGAAUUCCCGCAUAUCUUGGUGUUCUAGGGACCAAAAGGCUCCCUUACCCAAGCAGAUCAUUUGAACUUGCUCACUGUUCUCGCUGUAGGAUUGAUUGGCUUCAAAGGGAUGGUAUUCUUCUUCUUGAGUUAGACCGGUUACUUAGACCUGGAGGCUAUUUUGCCUACUCAUCUCCAGAAGCUUAUGCACAAGAUGAAGAGGAUCUCCGGAUAUGGAGAGAGAUGAGUGCCCUUGUGGGACGUAUGUGUUGGAGAAUAGCUGCAAAGAGGAACCAAACUGCCGUUUGGCAAAAACCUUUAACAAAUGAUUGUUAUAUGAAAAGAGAACCCGGUACAAAUCCCCCCCUCUGCCGCUCUGAUGGUGACCCAGAUGCAGUUUGGGGUGUGUCAAUGGAAGCUUGCAUCACUCCUUAUUCUGACCAUGACCAGAAAGCCAAGGGGAGUGGAUUGGCUCCAUGGCCAGCCAGAUUGACAUCUCCUCCUCCCAGGCUUGCCGAUUUUGGUUAUACAAGCGAAAUGUUUGAAAAAGACACGGAAACAUGGCGCCGGCGGGUAGAGAGUUAUUGGAAUCUCUUGAGUCCAAAGAUUGAGGCAGACACUUUGAGAAAUUUGAUGGACAUGAAAGCGAACAUGGGAUCGUUUGCAGCUGCUCUUAAAGGCAAGAAUGUUUGGGUGAUGAAUGUUGUCCCAGAGGAUGGACCAAACACACUUAAGCUGAUAUAUGACAGGGGUCUGAUUGGCACUACUCAUAACUGGUGUGAAGCCUUUUCCACAUACCCUCGAACUUAUGAUUUACUCCAUGCUUGGACUGUCUUUUCUGAUAUUGAGAAGAAAGGCUGCAGUGCUGAGGAUUUGUUACUUGAGAUGGAUCGCAUUCUCCGUCCCAGUGGUUUCGUAAUCAUUCGGGACAAGCAGCCGGUGAUAGAUUUCAUAAGGAAGUACUUAUCAGCUUUACACUGGGAAGCAGUAGCAACAGCUGAUUCCAGUUCAGAUGCAGACCAUGAAGGGGAUGACAUUGUGUUUAUCAUCCGAAAGAAGUGGCUGACAAGUGAAAGCCUCAGGAAUUCUGAAUAGAAACUUCAGCCUUACGAUUUCGCCUUUCUCUCCUUAUAUCCUUCUGCAGCUGCAAGGGCUUAAGAAGCUCUCCCAUUACUGAUGCAGUAAACAAUUUCAUUUUGUAGCAUUAAGCAAUGCCUGCAAUAGCUCACAUAAUUUUUUUUACCCUUUUUUUCUUGUAAUGAAUUACUUGAUAAGCCAUAAACUGGUCACCAUCUCUAUAGGCUAUUCUUGAAAAAAAAUUUUCCCUCUAUUUUGGUGUUGUCCAAAGCUACUUCAGCUAAUGACUAAUAACCAAAUACACAAAAUAUGCAAUGCUGAAGUGCAUAUACAUUGUGGCUUUUAAAGUCCAAAUUUUUUCCAUGAGUGAUUAUUCUUCUUAUCCAAUCUCUUUGCUUUUGUUUAUAUAUGAAAGGAGUCAAAUAGGACAUUCAUAAUUUUUGUGCUUCGUGAAUUUAUCACCAGCUGUUUGCUUACUGGCAGUUGAUAGCAUGUCAUUAGU